AUGAAGUCCUUGCACGCGAAAUUCAAACAAAACGACAAUUUUGUGAAACCCCUUUACAGAAAAGUGAAGUUCGGAAACAGGGUCCCAGAAACCUGGUUGCGCGUGUACCCUGCCCCCCAGGUUGCUCACGAGGCGACGUGUUCUGUCAUCUUCAGAUGCAUCGUUUGUCAACUAGGACUGGCCACCUUUCUCGUCCUAUGGAACAUUUUGUGGGUGUUUGUCAUACACAAUUUUGAAGGGCCCUACGAAACUGAAGUGUCCAUACUAUUCGAGAAGGAACAAAAUCAACUUGUUAUUGACCUUGCUACGGAGUUGAGACAGAUCACGCCCUUAUCCCCAAAAUGGAAGCACGCCAUAGAGAAGCGGAUCGAAGACGAACGCCAGCUGACUAUGCUGGCGAUGGCGCGCGGAGCCAAACUGCACCCCGGCCAGUUCUGGGACCUCAGCGGGACGUUCCUGUUCAGUGUCUACGUUAUGACUGCUCUGGGUUUCGGAGCUCCAGUACCGCAAACAACGUGGGGUAGAACUUCAGCUUUAAUUUACGCAGUACUAGCUGUUCCUAUACACAUUUACCUUAUGGUCAACGCAAGCACAUGCGUGGUAGCAAAGGUUGGCUCGUGGGUUGAAAAACUAAGAACUCGACUUGAAAAAAGAAGACAUAGUGCAGAUAAUGGAACAACUGCAGGCUUUAAUAGAGAGAGUCCAAACUGCAGAAGAAACACGGAGUUAAUGAAAGUGAAGAAACGCAAAGCUUUUAUUCUGCGUCGGAGAAUACUGCGAUUUCUCAACGCCCUCUGCAUAGGCCGCUGCGUGCCAGCGGCCGCGGUGCUAUACUACGUGGGCGGCGCCAUUUGCUUCGGAGCGAUGCGCGGGCGCACGCCGCUGGAAACCAUUAUGUUCCCUUUGGAGUUCACUACCACGGGCGGGUUGGAGAAUGUGGAGAACUACAUCCGAAUUUUAUACGGCUUCUACAUAGAGGGCGCUAUGGCGUUGCUGGCUUGCGCACUAGCCACAUUGCGGGCGCACAGCAGCGCGACUGUCAACUUUAUGUCCGACAAAUACAGACUAUUUACGAUUAACAAACAAAACUAGGACUCCUUGGAGGUAAAGUGACAUGCAGCAUCGUGUUUAGUAAGUUUUUUUUUAUUUGUUCGUUUCAGUCGAAAGACGUCCACUGCUAGACAAAGGCCUCCCCCAAGGAUUUCCACAAAGACCGGGCCUGCGCCGCUCGAAUCCAUUUUUAGUGUUUAGUAGAUUUUUUUAACUAUGAAAUAGAUAUUUAUGAACUUUGUAACAAGUGCGGUUAAGGUUGUUUUAUAAUACAAUAAUGUUACGGAAAAAGUUAUUUCAGAGGGUAUAGUCAAGUCAAGGACCAGUAUUGGUACUGGUUUUUAAUAGACUUAUUGCUGUGGUAGGUAUUUAUUACGUAGAGUUAGAAGCAUUG